UGCUGAAGUUGACCUCUGGGGUCGAAACCGUGGUCAAAAAUGGCGGCGGCCAGGUGUUGGAGGUUUGCGCGCCGCAGUCCGGGGCUGUCAUUGCACACCGCGGCCGAGGCCGCCGUCGGGGCUCCUGAAAUACCCGGUCCAGAUGUCGCGGCGGCCCCCAUCGCUCGCUACCCGCCGAUUGUGGCCUCCCUGACUGCCAAAAGCAAUGCGGCCCGGCAGCGGCGAGUAGAGAAGUGGCAGGCGACGGUUCACGCGGCCGAGUCUGUGGACGAGAAGAUGCGUAUCCUCACCAAGAUGCAGUUCAUGAAGUACGUUGUUUACCCGCAGACCUUCGCCCUGAACGCCGACCGCUGGUAUCAGGGCUUCACCAAGACCGUGUUCCUAUCGGGUCUGCCUCCGCCACCCGCGGAGACAGAGCCCGCGCCCGCCCUGGACCUAGCGGCCCUGCGCGCCGCCGCUUGUGACUGCCUCUUGCAGGAGCACUUCUACCUGCGGCGCAAGCGGCGAUUGCCCAUCUACCAGGAACGUGAGGCCAUCGCCUCCCCCUUACUCGACCAGCUGGUGGCCACCCUCAUGGGCCUGCUCAGCGCACACAACCCCGUCCUGGCUGCCGCCGCCCUCGAUUGUAAACGCCCAGUUCACUUUUACUGGUUACGUGGUGAAGAAAUUAUUCCUCGUGGUCAUAGGAAAGGUCGAAUUGAUGCCUUGCGAUACCAAAUAAACGAUAAACCGCACAACCAGAUCCGAAUAUCCAAACAACUCCCAGAGUUUGUGCCGCUGGAUUAUUCUGUACCUAUAGAAACCCCUGUUAUGAAUUGUAAGCCAGACAAACUUCCUUUAUUCAAACGACAGUAUGAAAAUACCAUAUUUAUUGGCUCAAAGACAGCAGAUCCAUACUGUUAUGGUCAUACCCAGUUUCAUCUGUUACCUGACAAAUUAAAAAGGGAAAGGCUAUUGAAACAAAACUGUGCUGAUCAGAUAGAAGUUGUUUUUAGAGCUAAUGCUAUUGCAAGCCUUUUUGCGUGGACUGGAGCACAAGCUAUGUAUCAAGGAUUCUGGAGUGAAGCAGAUGUUACUCGACCUUUUGUCUCUCAGGGUGUAAUCACAGAUGGAAAAUACUUUUCUUUUUUCUGCUACCAGUUAAAUACUUUGGCACUUACUACACAAGCCGAUCAAAAUAACACUCGUAAGAAUAUAUGUUGGGGGACACAGAGUAAGCCUCUUUAUGAAAAAAUAGAAGAUAAUGAUGUGAAAGGUUUUAAUGAUGAUGUUCUACUUCACAUAGUUCACUUUCUACUGAAUAGACCGAAAGAAGACAAAUCACAGCCAUUGGAAAACUAAGAAGAGACAUUUGAUUCAGGAAUUCGGAAAUAUUUAAAUGUCACUGAUGAAACAAUAAAAAUAUUUUUAAUGAUGAGACUUGUGACUGCCAAAUAUUAAAUGCCUUAACUUUUGAAGCAAAUA